AUGGCUUCUGCAGUUGUUAACCCGGCCCAGUCCACUUCCCCUCCUGAUACCGGCACGGCCAGUCCUGAUCGUGCGGCGCGAGUUUACCUUCCGGAUGUCGACCACGAUGUGUUCAAGCAUUUCCGCCUCAUAAAGGUGGACGAGGGGAAAUCGCAGCAGUACGAGUGCAGGUACUGCUGCAAUGUUUUUUCUGGUGCCGCCAUCCGCUGCGCGCAGCACUUGGCGAGUUGGAGGAAGAUGAAGUGCCGCGAAGUGGCGCUAUGCAAGGAAGCCCCCACUGAAGCGCGGGUUGCCAUGCGGAAGAAGUACGAGGCUAAGGCUGCAGCGGCGGCUCAGCGCCACCAGGCGACAUCGGAUGCCAUCGCGUCGGUCACCAGCAGCGGCAAGAGGAGCCGCAUUACUGACUACUUGGAGACGGAUGCGGCAGCUGGGAAGCGCGAUGCACAUGAGGCGUUGGCGCUCAUGUUCGCGGGGUGUCGCAUCCCGGAGCGCGUCGCGGAGCACCCUCUCUUCAUCAACGCCGUUCGUGCCAUUAGAGACGCCGGCACAGGAUACGUCCCACCAAACAGGCGGUUCAUCGACGGGGCGGGCUUGCGAAUGUGCUGCGACAACAUCGACAGGGGGCUUUCUGGAGUGAAGGCGAGCUGGAAGCGGACCGGCGUGACAGUUGCUUCUGAUAUGAUAACCGAUAAGAACGGUCGCCCCCAGGCGAACGUGUUUCUCGUCAACGACAGUGGCGCGGUGUUCAAGGACAGCGUGGACUGCCGCAUGGAGACCAAAACCGGCGGUUAUGUCGCCAGCAUCCUCAGGCCCGUGGUGGAGGAGGUCAGUCCGGAGAACGUGGUGGCGUUCUGCACGGACGGUGGGUCCAACUACGCGGUGGCGUGCAACCAGUUGAUCGCGGAAUGGCCGCACAUUCAACACGUGCCUUGCGGCACCCACGUGUUGGACCUCUUCAUGGAGGACGUCGGCAAGAUGCUGUGGGCCAAGAACGUGGUGGACCCUGCGGGCGAUAUCAGCUCCUUCGUCCGCAACCACCACUGGACGAGGGGAUACUUGCGGAACCCGGAAAUGGUGGGUGCAAGGAUGCUGCAGGCGCUGAAACCGGCUGGAACAAGAUUCGGGACACAAUACAUUGUUGUGUCCCGUCUCUGUGAGCUGCGGCAGUUGCUUGCACAGAUGGUUGUGUCUGAUGUGUGGAAGGGCAGGGCAGUUGGGGAGAGGAAGAAGCCUGCGGAGAAGUUUACAGCGCAAGUUCUUGAUGACGCGUGGUGGAAAACGGCGGAGUUUUUCUGCAAGCUGAUGAAGCUCCCGUUCUUCGCAAUGCGUAAGGCCGAUGCAGAUGCCAAGGGGAUGAUGGGCCGUAUGUAUGACACAAUGUUGCAGUUGACCGAGGAUGUGGGGACAGUGGUGGAGGAGGAUGAGGAGCAGCUCUCCUACUCCGACAAAGUGCACAUCCGCCGCCUGCUGAAGAACAGGUGGGACGGCAGCCUCGCCUGCCCCAUGCACGUUGCAGGCCGGAUUCCCAACCCGGCGAACCAGGAUGAAGACAUAUUCGGCUCAGACGCGGAGUGCACAAAGGUAUUCAAAGCGUUCAUCACUCAGCACGCCGAGCACCUCUGCAAUCACGGUAAGGAGGGGGAUGAUGGGGAUGACAUUGGCGAGGUUUUGCUGGAACUGCAGGAGGGGGUGAGGGCAUUUCUGGAUAUGAAGGGAAGCUUCGGGAUGGGGGAUGCAAUUGCUCAGAGGAACUUGGUCAAGGAGGGCAAGUAUGACAUGGUAAAGUGGUGGCAGUGGCACGGCACUGACGCACCAAAGCUGGCGGCCCUCGCCAUCAGGACUCUCUCUCAGGCCGUGUCGGCUUCACCAUGUGAGAGGGGAUGGUCAACGGCUACAAUGGAGGAGGACGAGGAGGAGGAGGAGGGGGACGACGUCAUUCUGGAGGAUGAGUAUGAGUAG